AUGGAAGAAGUUGAUAAGAUUUUGAUUCACGCUCUCAGACAGGUUGGAACAGAGGUGAGUGACGAUGUCCAGAGUGUCAAACAGUUCACCAGUGAGCUGAUCGUGGAGGCGGUGGUCAGAUGUGUACGAGUCAUCGAUCCCGGCCUGGGGGGCGGGCUGCCGGCCUCCCUUCCUCCCGGCAUGUCUGCCCGCUUCAGAGUGGGCAUGAGCCUGGCACAGGCCUGCCAGGACCUCGGCUACAAAGGAGAGAUAGGCUACCAGACCUUUCUGUACAGCAACGAGCCAGAGAUCCGCUCCCUGCUGAUGUUUCUGGUGGAGAAGCUGCCCAGAGAGAGCGCUGAGGCCUCAGACCAGCCAGCAGGUAAAUCGGUGGUCCUUCAGAGAGCCAUCUCUGCUGCCAUCAAAGCCCAGCUCGCCCUGCCCUGGCUCCCUCCUAACUGCAGACUGCCUCUGCUCUGUGAGACACAGAGCCCAGGGCCGUUACAUGCCUUCCACACUCAGUCCUUAAGUUUAGCACACAACGUUAAAUGUCCAGAGAAGAAGCACUUUAAAGAGAUGAGUGACUACCAGAGGGACAUCCUUCCUCCAGUGACUGCCCAGGCUUCCCAUCAUGCCUCAGUGGCGGCGUCCAUACUAGAACAGCACAUGGCUGAAUUGAGCGCCACUCAGGAGUGGGAGAACGAGUGGAACAGCCAGGGACUCCUUUCUCGCCUCACACCACAGGAUUAUCGAUCCAGGAAACUCACCCGCCUGCAGAAGCGUAUUGAGGAGCAGCUACGCUCUGCUGCCCUGCUCUGCCCUGAAAGUGCCAUCGGUGCCAAUCGCUCCAACUCUGAUUUAUCAGAGCUUCUACAGUCCUUCAGAGGCACCGCCCCCACUGACCACCUCCUGACCAAGGGCACCCACUUCACCCACACCCAGAAAUUCACCUUCACUCAGGAGACGGCAGCAGCAGCCAGCCCCAUGCCCAGCGGGCGCCAGUCAGAGGGAGAUGUCCAGGUGCGCCAGCAGGAGGAGCUGGCAACUCUGCAGCAGCAGCUCCAGCAGCUUUGCCUCGAUGUCGACCAGCUAACUACAGACAUGAAGCAGAUGAACGUCACCACUGCACAGGUGUGGGAUGAGUUGAAGAAGAGGGAGUUGGGAAACAGUGAAAUGGAAGAAAGAAUGCGGGUGAAGAAGAAAACCAUCGACUUGCUGCCAGAUGGUGAGAGCAACUUGGUAAAACUUCAGGCUCUGGUAGAGGGCAGUGCCAAGCGAGUGGUGAACCUAGCCUCUCAGUGGGAGAAACACCGCGCUCCACUCAUUGAUGAGCACCGCAGACUCAAAGAGCUCUGUAGCAACCAGGAUAGGGAAUCAUCCAGAAAACUGUCUGAAAUCAAGGAUCUGCAUGUCAAAAUCCGCGAGGCUGCAGAAGAGGCCAAGAAGAAGGAAGGACUGUACAAACAACUGAUAACAGAGUUAGAAAAUCUCCCCCAAGAUGUGUCUCGCUCGGCGUACACUCUGAGGAUUCUAGAGAUUGUUGGCAACAUCAAGAAACAGAAGGAGGAUAUCACCAAGAUUUUGUCAGACACUAAGGAGCUACAGAAAGAGAUCAACAGCCUGACAGGAAAACUGGACCGGACCUUUGCUGUGACUGAUGAACUGGUCUUCAAGGAUGCCAAAAAAGAUGAAUCCGUCCGCAAAUCAUACAAGUACUUGGCUGCCUUGCAUGAAAAUUGCAGUCAGUUGAUUCAAACAAUUGAAGACACGGGCACCAUCUUGAGGGAGAUCCGAGAUCUAGAGGAGCAGAUUGAGACAGAAAAUGGUAAUAAGACUGUGGCCAACCUGGAGAGGAUCCUAGAGGACUACAAGGCUAUUCGACAGGAGAACUCUGCACUUGCUGCCAAAGUCCGAGAGGGCUGAAGAGACACUCUAGUUUGCUGCCGCCAUGCCUGCCGAGGUGUCUGCAGGUCAGAGCAAAAGCCCGGAGCCGCACGCGGCCCCAUAAGGGUUCAAAACAGAACACUCCAAUUUGCAGACUGAACAAAUUACUGUUCAUUACCGCCGCCCUCUUUUGCCAUUGGAGAACUCUUCUGCUUUUCUUUAGGAAGGCAAGAUGAUUUUUGUACUAUGGAAAUUGACUUGACAUUUUUAAUGCACAACCCAUUUUGGAUUGAGAUGACAAUUUAUUGUUGCAUUCCAGACUGAUUUCUUGUGCUGGCCAUGCUUUGUGAGGGUCACUGCACUGGCUUCAUACCUCCCAGCCCAUUUGAGAAAGAACAUUAGACAGCAAGUGAUGCUCUCAGAAUUUUUUCUAUUUGAGAAGGUAUAGUCAAUCAUAUUGAUAUGUGAAACGCUUUCAUCUAUAUCGUAAAGAUCAACCAAUGAUUUGCAAUUUGCAACACAGCCAUCAUUUGCACCAUUCUGUUUCAAACACUAGUGAUGCAUUCCUUUUUAUGAUUAGGACUGAAUAUAUUGAAUGAAUGACAAUUGAAUCCAGUCCAUUUGAUUUAUACAGCCCCAUCAGCAAAGUAAUGUUAAUAUGGUACCAGCUUAAAUAAAGAUGCCUUAUAAAUUUUGAGACCCCAGUUACUGUCUUAUCUUGAAAGUAUUACCAUGUCAGACUCUGAAAUUGCUCAUGGAUGCAUUUACAGUAUUUUGGCCUAUUUACCAGAGUGAACAUUUUGUUCCAGGUCGCCUCAGAAGAAAUAUUGUGGAAUUUUGGGAAUCUUAAUUCACAUGAUUUUUUUUUUUUUUUUUUUUACUGCACUGCAGUAGUCUUGCACUUAUGUAUGAAUUACUCUGAUGACCGAAUCAGUGGUUUGGUACAGACAGAUUAAUUGGGCAGAGGAGUGUGCUACAAUUUUGUUGUCUCUUUUAGUUCAUACUGCCUUGAAAUCAAGUGCUGCUUCAAGUCUGUCAAUGGUUCAGCAUUAUGUUGUCCUUGGAGCCUUGUUUUACUUUAACCAUCAGAUGUUUGUGUAGAAUAGAAAAUGAAAUUAAUGUUAUAUGAAUGACCCCAAAUCUUGGGGAUUUACUUGCUCAUUGUACAUCACCUGACCUUUGUAAAAUUAUUAAAUGCAUAAAGGUUGACACAAAAUCAA